AGGAGGACCGACGGUAAUCUAAAAAUACAGUUAAAUGGUAGUUUACACAAUUUUGUUUUAAAACCAAUUGUAUAGUUUGCAUUAAAUUACUUGUAGGUAAUUUUUGCGUGACUGCUGAUUACAAGGAAGACGUGUCCCAUUAGCAUUGCUGCUAAGUUUAACGUCUGUGGUCAGAAUGACUGCAGUACAGAAAAGCGGGAAUAGAGCACCAAGGCUACGUUACCAGUUAGCUCGAACAGUUAAUUGUAUACCCUCAAGAAAAAACAGUAGGUCAGACGUAAGAGUUACUCAUGUCCAUUGCAGUCCAUUUUACCACUUGUAUGUCGUUUUGGACAAAAACGUCCCCCGGAGAUCUUAAAAAAUAACGCUAGCAACAUCACUUUCACUACAGAUUUGUGGAGCUUAGAGGUUAGCCGGUUAUCAGUACUGAUUACUGAUAUUGGAAGGGGGAGUCAAUCCAAUCUCGACAUCACAGACAAUAUGAAGUGUGUAGUGGUCAGAAUUACCGACGGUGAAGAUGGCCUUUAGGCCGCAAAUGCUUGGAUGGCCCAGUCUGUAGAUUAUUGGACAAAAAUAUGUUAAUAUGGGUAUUGCUAAUGGGCGAAAUUUCCCCACGAGUCCAUCACUAACUUCCGGAAGUGGAAUUUGAUAUGUUUGCGUUUUUUUCUGCUUGGUUUACGCAGUAGCUGUAUUUGAAAGUAUACAAUACGUCAAAAUCAGGCAAACACGUAGUAAUAGAACGUAUUAGAAGAUAAGAAUCUUUCGGUAGAACACGAAGACAGUAUAUUAAGUACAUUCAGUGUCUCUUUAAACGGCUCGUGAAGACGACGGAUAUCGGCAAAGGUAAUCUUAGCUCCUCGUUAAUAUUGGGGGUUGGCGGCGUCAGGGUAAAAUUUGCACUGAUUAGCGGACUGAGAUUGCAUCGUUUGUGAUUUUCUUGAAUGGGAAUCAGAGCAAGGGUAGGUUUGUUUUCAGUAUUGGUAAGGACCGAGUCAGAGCCGAACCUCCAUCGCUAAACACACACGGUACUGCCACAUGUCCCUUCCGUCCAUACCUAAAUCGACGCCUUGUGAUCGGUGGACCAGGUUUAAUUGUUUGAUUAUGUCUGCUGUACUGGAUGUUAAACACAGAUUAACCGCCAGACACUAAAAUAGUUGUAAAGAAAACUGCAUUUACAUAGGAGAUUUUUAUAGAAACUUAAUGGUGGAUACAUUCCCCCAUCUUCAUCUACGCAGUUAAAGACACUAAAUCAAUAUUUGUACAAAUAGUCAAUCUCGAUUGUUUCAAUAUCAUUAGAUUCCUGAAGUUCAGCCAAGGACAAAUAUUAAGGACAUAAUUUAUUAGAAUAUAACUGACAUCUGUUAUAGUCCAAACAUCUUUAAAAUUCCACAAAAUACUUUCACAAUAUUAAUACACAAUGUUAAAGAUAUGUAACAAUUGAUUGAAAUAAUCACAGUCAUCCAUCCAUCCAUUUUCCAAAUGCGGGGGGAGCCUAUCCCGGAGGCAAUGGGCACGAGGCAGGGAACAACCCAGGACGGGGGGCCAGGCCAUCGCAGAUCACAGUCAUUAUUACUCGAAAAUAAUAUAAAUUACGUCUAUAUAUGAAUUGAAAUAUCAUUAAUUUAAAACAAACAGUGAGAAACUCCUUAAUUCCCAGAGCUGUGCUGUCCAUCUCCGCUCCCGACAAAUUUCUCAAUAUGGACAUAAUGUAGUUACAAAUACCACAACUCAAUACAUUGUAACUUAUUUCCAUGCUUAUUUAUGCACCCUCUGAAACGUCAAUUCUUAUAUCUCCAUUUUUUUGAAAGGGCCGCAAAAGGAAGAGAUAGACAAAAUUUUGUCAUAGUGACAAAAUAAUUUUCAUGUUUUUCAUCAACUGAUAAGAAUGGUGGACAUUUAAAUUUGUUUUUUUUUUUCUAAAUGUAUUCAUUAUUAUAACAAAACUAUGAAAUAUGUAGCUCCAAUUUGGAUGGGGACAGUACAUUUUUUUAGUAAUUUUUAAUUAAAAGCUUUUAAUGAAGAAACAAACAACUGAGAAUCUAAAGAAUGAUGUAUUCCUUUACAGAAAUAUUUACGGAUAUAAAAUAUCUAGUCAGUUUCAGACAUUUUUGGGUUAUGGACAUUUUAUUCCCUGUAACAAUCCAGGGCAGAUACUAUUUGUUUCUGGUAGUAUGUUCCUUAAAUUGGACAUUUGUUGGCCAUCCAUUUUCUAUACCCACUUGUAACUGCCUUUCUCUUUCUCUCGCUCUCUCUCACACACAGGCACACACACAUCCAGUAAAUGUGCUGUCAUGCUCACAUAGUUGCUCAGCUUGUUGACUUUGUAUAAUGGUGGUUUAUGUUUUUUUUACUAAGUGCCAACAGUCUCACACACUUGCAGUCUGCUGCUGACAUUGAGAUGGUCAGUUUGUGACCUGUCUUAUAUCCUGGACUAAUGCAUCUUCCACCCAUAAAAUGAUUCUGUUCUCUCUCUCUCUCUUUCUCUCUCUCUGUUAGCAAUGGCAUUUUCUUCCAUGGUCCAUAUAAUUUUCAUCCUGUCCCUGGUCAGCCACAGUUCCUCCUUGGACGUGGCUUCUCCUCGUGGCACGGAAAACACGGUGUGGGUCAUGGUGGUGACGGCAGCAGUGGUUGGGGUACUGGUGGCUUUGCUGUUGCUGGGGCUGGUGGGCCUGUUGUGGCGAGUGGCAGGGGUACGCAGUGGAGUGGGACCGCUGCUCCUGCUGCUCGCCGGCAUCGUUGGGCUCUGCAGCCUCAGCAUUACAUACCUUGUUGAGCGGGGAGAGCAUCUCUGCGUCGUACGGCGCAGUUUCUGGGGGGUGCUAUUCGCCCUCAGCUUUGCUUGCCUGGUGGUCCAUGGUGUGCGGCUGCUGCAGUUGGUGCGUGGUGCCCGUAGUCCUGGCAGUGGUGUUCUGGUGGGGCUGGCAGUGUUCCUUGCCAUAGUGGAUCCUGAGUGGAUCCUACUCAUUGUGGUGCGCAGGGACCUGUCAGCCUGUGAAAACCACCCACUGGAACUGGUGUUAGCCAACUCCUAUGUGCUGCUCCUGCUUGCAACAGCACUGGUGGGAGCAGUCUGGAGCCUGUGCGGGGGGCAGCCACAGUGGCGAUGUAGUGCCAUGUGGCUGCUCGCCACGUGCCUCUCUUCAGCCCUCCUGUGGACCACCUGGCUUACGUUACGUCUACAUGGCAACGCAGCUCUCGGCCUGUCCUCCGCCUGGGAUGACUGGGGGCAGGCCUUGCUGCUGGUGGCACAGGCCUGGGUGCUGCUGGUGCUGCAUGCCGUCCCUAAGGUCCACGCUACCUUGCGGGCCACACGCCACCGGAGGGACGGCUUUCCGUUUGAUGACAGCAGCUCAGCUUCUGAAAGUGACCAGAACGGCACCAUGGGAACAGAGCCCAUUGCUCCCUGCCAGGGCAACAUCGACCACACCACUGUGCAGAUUUUCAUAGUGGAUGAGGCAGCCGUGUCCUCCAUGCCCCCCACCUUCACAGGUCCCCAUGAUGCACAGCCCCUCCCACUUGGGCCCCCCCAGGACCUGGAGCUAGGCCAACUUCCCUAGUUGUCCCCGCAUGAUGGAAAUAUCCGUGGUGUCAUGACACUUACAGUAAAAGGUUGCAACUGCUUUGAAGGUAAAGAUGGCAAUAAGCUAAAGAAUACUUAAUAAAGUAUUUCUAUCACAUCUUCCUAAUAUCCAUAUAUUUAAAAUUUUAGUUUACAAUGAAGUCUCUGAUCUUCCACUUACUGUGUAUCCAGCGCAAUCACCCUCAACACGGGAGCUCCGCAAGGCUAUGUGUUGAGCCCACUGCUGUACACCCUCUACACCUACGACUGUGUAGCCACACUCAGCUCAAAUUCCUAUGUGAAAUUUGCUGAUGACGCAGUAGUGCUCGGCCUCAUCUCCAACAAUGAUGAGUCUGCCUACUUGAAGGAAGUGGAGAACCUUGGAAGGUGGUGCCUGCAUAACAGCCUCAGCUGAACGUCAGAAAAAUAAAGGAGCUGAUGUCGGACCACAGGAGGCAGUGGGGCUCCUGCACACCUGUCCACAUUAAUGGAGCUACAGUGGAAAGAGUGAGCACCUUCAAAUACCUCGGUGUCCACCUACAGGAGGACCUCACCUGGUCCACACACGCACGUACUCUGGUCAGCAAGGCGAGGUAGCGGCUCGAAUUCAGACAAAUGCUUCCGCAGCCUUAUGACCACAAUGGAAAGGUCAAGGAGGAGCUUUUUCCCACAGGUCAUACUGUAAGGCUCCUAAACCAGGACAAUACUCAGUGCCUCUAGGUAUUGCUUUCACACUGUCCAAAUUGUUAGCACAUACCUCAGGCCUUUAUUGCACUUAUAUUGCAAAGCAAGUACCUCUUAUCUAUCACUUAUGUACAGAUUAUGUACAUUGUUAUUUUUUCCUUAUUUUUUCUAUGUAUUUUGUUAUCAUGCACGGCUGCUCAGAGUGACCAGGGUUACAUUCCACUACGUUGUAUGUGUACGACUGUGUACGUGACGAAUAAAUCUCUUGAAUCUUAAA